GGCCCAGCAAGUCACACACCGUCAGGGACAUCUCUCGUUGUUAAUAGGAAAGGAAGGAAAAAACCCUAGCUGUUCUUGCUGCCUUCGUUUUCCUCCUGCGAAUCAGCAAAACACAAACAAAUAAAAAAUCUCUUAAAAAAAAAGAGAUAAAAAAGAUGAGACCAAUUUUGAUGAAAGGGCAUGAAAGGCCCUUAACAUUCUUAAAGUACAACAGAGAAGGGGAUCUCUUGUUUUCCUGCGCUAAAGAUCAUAAUCCCACCGUCUGGUUCGCCGAUAACGGCGAACGUUUGGGAACUUACCGUGGUCACAACGGCGCCGUUUGGUGUUGCGAUGUCUCAAGAGAUUCGAUGCAGCUGAUUACUGCUAGUGCGGAUCAGUCGGUGAUGCUGUGGAAUGUACAAACUGGAGCGCAAUUGUACACAUUUAGUUUCAAUUCGCCGGCUCGGUCUGUGGACUUUUCUGUAGGUGACAAGCUUGCUGUUAUUACCACUGAUCCUUUCAUGGGAGUCACUUCUGCCAUCAAUGUCAAACGCAUUGCUGACGAUCCUUCCCAGCAGAGUGGUGAAUCCGUGCUCACCAUCACUGGACCUGCGGGAAGAAUUAAUAGAGCUGUUUGGGGACCCCUGAACAGGACUAUCAUAAGUGCUGGAGAGGAUUGUGUGGUCCGCAUUUGGGAUUCUGAGACUGGAAAAUUGUUGAAAGAGUCGGAACCGGAAGUUGGGCAUAAGAAGCCGAUAUCAUCACUCACAAAAUCUGCUGAUGGUUCUCACUUCCUGACUGGUUCUCUAGAUAAAUCUGCCAAGCUUUGGGACUCCAGAACUUUAACUCUUAUCAAGAACUACACAACAGAACGCCCAGUUAAUGCUGUUGCAAUGUCUCCGCUACUUGAUCAUGUUGUGCUUGGAGGUGGUCAGGAUGCAUCAUCUGUAACCACAACUGAUCACCGUGCUGGGAAGUUUGAAGCCAAAUUCUACGACAAGAUUCUUCAAGAAGAAAUUGGUGGUGUGAAAGGUCAUUUCGGACCUAUAAAUGCUUUGGCGUUUAACCCUGAUGGGAAAAGUUUCUCAAGUGGAGGCGAGGACGGUUAUGUGAGGCUGCAUCACUUCGAUCCUGAUUACUUCAACAUAAAGAUUUAGAUUGUAAGAACAUGUAUCAAUACCAGAAUCUAGCUAAUAGAGACUAAAUUAGCUUUGGAGUGGAGGAUUAAAAGGAAUUUUGGUGCGUAGGGCCACACAAGAUUAUACUUGUGCUCAUGCUUAUGAUUUUCCUUCUGUUUUACAACGAUUUCUUCCAUUUUUUUUUCGGAGCUAUGAGCAAGGAGUUUUUGUUUGAUUCAA